AUGUUCCAGCUAGCUAUCAAGCUGAUAUUUUACCUAUUUGUAAAUCUUGCAUUAACUCAAUACCUCAAUGUUCCUAUUUUAUACAGUCAAUUUACUCCUACUGCAAUAAAAGAUGUUGUCUUGAAUCAAUAUAAUUGCCCAAAUCUUAGCUCAUUGCCUUGCAAAUCCAACCCUAAUGCAUUUUAUAUCCCAAUGGAAAUAAAUGAUGUGAAUGAUUUUGAAGAGCUGAUCGCAGGCUCAGACAUCACGUAUUUAUUUGACUUGACAUUUUCAACUAUUAUGAGCUCUCAUAUCAGUGCAUAUGCCAAACCAUAUAACUUUAUGCAUUUAGUAUAUGGGUUUAUUCCAGACAAUCGGCCUCAGCUUACAUAUUUUUCUGAUACUUCAGAAAUUAUUAUAAGAAAUGCCGCGGUGUCAUUUGUGAAACAUUAUGGGUGGCAAAAAGCUGUGGUUUUUUUAAGUCAAGAGCUUAAUGGGAUGGAUUUUAAGGAUGUAAAUGAUAUAGAAGUUGUUUAUCAAGCAAUCCUUCCCUCAAGGAUUUCGUAUGAAGCGAUAUCUAUUAUUGUAUCUAAAGAAGUAAAGCCGUUAGGGGUUAAAACUAUUAUUAUCGCAACUAAUGAAAAAAUUUCAAAAUUAAUACAAAAAGCAAUAGAAGCAGCUGAUAUGAACAAGGAAGGCUAUGUCUUCAUUUUUCUCCAUCAAAGCGCAUGAACUGCAUACCUUGAAGGGGCUAUUUUGAUAGAACAAUACGACUGGACACCUACAGGUGUAGAAAAUUAUAUAGAAAUACUAAUUAACAAUACAACAAUUUUUUUGCUGAUGUUUAUGAAUAUGGACAUAAUACAAGGAGCCUUUUCAUUAUAUGCAUUUUAUGCGUUUCUAAUUAAUGGAGUCAAUAUAGAAAGAUUUUACCUUUUCAAUAUAUAGCUUUUCCUUUAAUUUUGCUUUUUGUAAUAAUAGCAGGAUAGAUCUUACGCAAAAUUAGUUGAAGCAUAGCAUCUUUGCAGUGUUGCAUUCUAUAAGCAUUUCUCUCUUUGCAAAUUAUUAUUAUAAUAGUGAAUUAGUAAAGAUAAUAGCAGAAAAAUAAAAUGAAAAUGCCAAAUUUUGAUGCAUAAACGAGAUAACUGUUAUUCUUUACAAUUGAUAUCACUAUAGAAAGCAAAUAUAUAUAAAGCACUAUACAAAAUAGUGAGCUAGUACCUUUCGGAAACAUUACAAGCAGCGUUGUUAAUUUAUAUUCUUCUCCUAUGUUUCCAGGAGGUACUAAUAAUAUCCCAGACAAUUCCAGGCUAAAAAUACCUAUCAGCAUUGCUGGAGGGAUAAGCAACCCUGAUGGUUCCACUUAUGAUUUUAACGCAAACUGCCAUAAAGGCUCAGUUUAUGCGGCAAAUUCAAUAAACACUAAUUCAAAAAUCCUCGAAAAUUUUCAGCUAGUAAUUAACAAUAUAACAGAUUGUGGAACUUCUUAUUUUGAUAGUGACUACGCAACUAGCUGUUUUAGCAAGCAUUUAGAGGACUUAGGCUAUUUUCAUGUUUCCCCUCAACAAGUUGCAAUGAUAGAAGGCACAAUGACAGUUUUCCAGUCUUUAAAUAUUUCAAUCCCUGUGCUUGGUACUCAAUCAUGCCCUAAAUUAAAAGAUGAUGAUAAUCUUCAGUAUAUAGCAUAUUUUUUGCUUUAGAUCACUAUAUAGCCAAACAAUUAACAGUCAAUACGAUUAAGCAGAAUUAGGUAUUUGAAGCAAAAUGAAUUGCUUUGCCAUUUUAAAAUUAAUAAUCAAAACGAUCUAAAGCUGAGAAAGUGACAUACAAGUGUGUCCUUUUCUAAUACUUAUACUGCAAGUGCAGUUGUUCUACUAUUAACUUGGUUUAGAAUUGCCAAAUGCUCUCUGCUAUAUCUAGACACAAAUUGGGGUCUUAGCUUUAAAAAUCAAUUCGUCAGUCAAGCAGAAAAGUAUAAUCUUGAAAUUUUAAACAAAAAUCAAGCAGUUCCUAGCGGAUAUAAUGGCACCGAUAAAUCAUUUAUCCAAGAAAUUGUUGAUUUAAAGUCAAGAUAUGUCAUAAUUGAAGUCUCAAAUACUGAAAUUUUUUCAGUACUUAAUGCUUUUUAUGACUUAGGAAUGAGAAAAGGUGACCUUUAUUUUAUUUUUGGAGAAGGGAGUUUCAGAGCUUCAGAAGCAAAUAUUUUGCAUCAAGAUUCUUAUAAAAGCAUCACAGAACUUGUAGAAGGGUCCCUUUAUGUCACAUUUUUAUCGUAUUAUGGAGUUUUUGGGAAACAGAUUUAUAAUGAUUUUUUGCAAGAAUUUGGGUUUACUUAUGACUACAUGUGCUUAUUUUAUGACGCGACUUAUUUAGGAGCGUAUGCUAUUGAUUCUAUGAUAAGCAGAGGGUUUAAUUUAAACAGCUCAGGAAUUGAAGAAUGGGUAAGAAAAGUCCAAUUCACAGGGUGCUCAGGAAAUGUGCAAAUAAGCAAAAGUGGUAAUGAUAGGUCAACGGUGAAGGUUGGGACUUACAAUUUGAUAAAAAAUAACUCAGAAUGGCAAUUAGUUUUAACUGGGAUUUAUGAUCCUACUAAAGUGGUUGUUUUUGAGAUGAUUGAAGGAAUUUCAUGAUAUUCAGAUAAUAAAGGAAUUCUACCUAGUGAAAUUAUAGGGGCUGAUUUAUCAUGUCCAUUUAAAUCAGAUGAAGUCCGAUCUUUUCUUUAUGGCUACUUAAUUCUUCUUAUUAUAGGAGGAAUUUUUUUAUAUCUAUUUACAAUAAAUGAAAGCAUUCAUACUUUUUAGCCAUUUUCUAUUUACUAUCUGAAUAUAGGAUAACGGUAAUCAAUAGGAAUGUUUAUAAUCUCUAUAAGUAGGUAUAAUUUUUGAUUUAUUCUUUAUUUACAAAAGCUUUGAAUAUUCUCCAAUUGGGCAAUUUCCAAUGAUAAUAGAAAAAGCUGAAGAAAAUAUUUUCGAUCAAAUUAUGUACUUACUCCAGCCUCCGUGAGUGAAAAACAAAUUUUGUUCGCUCACGGAGGGAGGUUAAUUUUUUUAAAUAAAUUUCAUAUAAAAUUUGUUUUUCAAAUUUUAAAAAAUCCAAAUUGGAGAAUUUAAUUUGUAAAAUUAUGCUUUGAAAAUGCGAGCUGUUUGAAAUUAAAUAGAAUUAAUUAGAGAUUUCAUUUACUAAUUAUCACGAAGUUUUUUAUAAAAUAUUUUAUUCUUGGGCUUUUGGGCAAAUAAUAGGGAUUUUUCAAUAAUUUUGUUUCUCACGGUGAGGGGAGUUAGCAAUGCUUAUAGAGUGCUUGCAAUAUGUAUCAAUAGGUCCCAAAUUUACAGAUAUUAUGCCAAAUAUUCUGACAAAAGUAAUAAAAAUUGCAAUUAUAGACAUAAGAGAUUUCACCAAUGAUUCUAAAUUUCUUUAUCAACUAUCUAUGAUUGGAAUUAUUGUUAUUUUAUUUUUUACUUUUCUCUUUGGAAGGAUUUUUGACUGCUGAAAAAGAUGCAAGCUCUCUUUGCUUACAAUUAUUGGCGAACUCGGUAAUUAUUCCCUGCCCAUUAUUGGUGAUGUUUUAUUUUUGCCAAUUUUUUAUUUUUUAUUUUUAACUUUUCAAUGCACAGAAAGCAUUGAAGAUAGUUUCAAAAAAAGUUUCCUUAAUCAAGAUUGCUCUAUUUUUUGUUGGCAAGGUAAGCAUCUCAAAUAUGCAGUAGCUUCACUUGUGGCUCUUUUAUUUUAUUUGCCGACUAGUUUGCACUUUAGACCAUCUUGAAAAGAAAAUACUGGGGAUUUAAUUUUUCAUUUUAAGGAACAGCCUGCUCACUCAGCUAUUAAAAGCUUUCUGCAGAUUAUACUUGCUAUAUUGAAUGCUGUUCUUUUGCCUUACUCCGAGAUUGCUUAUGAUACUUGUUACACAAUAAUUUUAAUUAUUUUUGGGAUUUUCACUUUGUUUAGGAAGCCAUAUAAUUACGAAAGGGCUUCCUUGUGGUACACAACAUUUAUAUUUGGCUGUGUCUGGCUUUGGAUUUGCUGUGAAAUUGCUCGAUUUAGUGCAAUUGCUGGUAAAUCUCUUAUAGGAAUAGGUUGGCUUUUAUUAGGGAUUAUAGGAAUGAUCUAUCAAUAUAGAAAUCUUCCAUCUCUUUUGGAGUCACCAAAAGGGCAAGAUAUUCUUAGUCUUUUUAAAUUUCAAUUGUCAAAAAGAUCACCUUCUCAAGCUGGAGUGCUUCGUUCACCCCACACUCUUCCUUAAGUGAACAAAAAAUUUUGUUUGUUCAUAAAGGGGGUUUAAUUAUUUUUUAAAAUAUUUUAUAUAUAUUAAUUUUAUAGUGUUAAAAAUCACAAUUUGCAGAAAUUGGAAAAUCAAUUUAUAUGUAAGAUUUAUGGCAUUUCAUUAUAGUAAUUAUAACUUUAUAUCGAAAUAUUUUUUUCACUCAUGAAGGAUGCUCUUUCAUUAUUUGCUAACUUAUGAAGGGAAGAGUCAGUAAAUUAUGAAUUUGCUGAUCAAAGUUAUGAUGAUAAAAAAAGUGAAUUUUUAAGUGAAGAUUUUAAUUAA